AUGAGCGGCGGAGGUGCGGGCCCACUGGUCCCAACUUUCCAUGGCUUCGUGCACAACACCAUGGACGGCCUGGUCCUGUUCGAAGCGUGCUUGAGCGGGAAGCUUCACCACGUUCCCAGGCGACCACACGACAGAGAACGCUCGUCCCUCAUCAAGAGCGGCAGUAUCUUCAUCUACGAGGAGAACGCGUCCGGCAUCAAGCGCUGGACGGAUGGCGUUGCCUGGAGCCCCAGUCGUAUUCUAGGAAACUUUCUCAUCUAUCGCGAGCUAGAGAAGCCUUUUCCACCAGGCGAGAAGAAGCGCGCAAUCAAGAGGAAACGUACAAGCUUGGCUGGAGAGCCAUAUCCGCGACGCGACUCGGAUGAGAACGAGGCCGCAGAACUGCCAACACCGCUGACUCCACCCACGCCAAACCCAACCGGCGAUGGCAAGUCCGAACUUCCAAGCAGUGACCAAGACAAGGAGCUGGAGCGCUCUCUCAUCGGUUCCCUCGUGGAUAGCUAUGGCUUCCGACCUGACGGCUUGGUGAAGAAGACGAUGAGUGUAUCUGUCAACGGCAUCUCGCAUCAUAUGGUAUCUUAUUACAAGGUGGACGAUGUGAAGAACCAGCUGCUUCCGCGCCCAUUGACCGAUCCACGCCUGCAGAAUAUCUCUGUUCGGCCAGAUCUUUAUCUCAAGCAGAACUUCAGAGCGCCUGUUGAGGAGACCGAGCAUUACGCGAUCGACAAUCACAUGCACGCGCAUCCUCAAUCCAUGUACUCUGGCAUGGUCGGCGGCUAUGGCGUUCGACCUGGUCAGUAUAUGGGUCAACCCUACAGUGGUCUUUACGGGCUACAACCAAGCACCGCAGCAGGUGUGUACGGCGGCAUGACUGGAACCUCUUGGCCUGGACAACAAUCACCAGCAACAGCUAUGGCCUACAGCAAUCGAGGUUACAACGGUCAAAGUUACGGCGGAAGUUACUAUCCUGGUGCACCUGCCAGCACUGCGACAGCGCCGCCAGUCAAGGCUGAGGAUCACCAGCAACCUCCACAACAAUCCAGCUACGGUGGGCACUAUGCUUCUUCCUAUGGUGCCAUCCAGCGCAAUGGCUCGCAGAGCACGCCAACCAUGAUGCAGCCUGCAUAUAACAGCACUCCUGUGCAGCAGCAGACCGCAUCCUCCUUUGGGUCGAUGAGUGCUCACAACAACAGAGCAUCUUACGGAAACGUCAUGAACAGUCCUUCGUCGCAUGCACAGCCGCCUCAUUCGUACGCAAGCGCGCCUACUCAGCAGUAUGCUGUUCGCUCGCCCGUGCAGAAUUAUGCCAUGCACAGCGCGCCCCCGAAUGCUGUUGCGCAGUCACCUCAUCCGGAUCUCAAGAGCCCGAUGUCUGCAUCACAUCAGACAAAUCCCGCAGCAGACCAGAUGCCGUACCGCCCUGGCUCAUAUUCAGUGCAAGCACCGCACUCCGCUACGACCUCUUCCGAUAUGCACGGUCUUGGUAUCAGCGGCAAUUCGAGUUACCAGCAGGCGGCACAUAACGGUCAGCCAUAUCAACAAUACGGAUCCUCGCAGCAAGCUUUCCGUGCCGAUCCUGUGCCAUCUGGCGGAGGACAUUACGCACAGUAA